AUGUCUGACCUAAAGAGUGAACAGAAUGAAGAUAACUCUUUUAAUUUCAAUGGUUCGAACGGCCAAGAGUUCCUCAAUAAACCUGAACCGUCUGAGGUGGGUUCAAAUCCAGAAGAACCUCAACAAUCAAGCGGAGGUCCCAUAAGGAGAAAAAAUAAUGCAAAAUCUCCCAUGGACGAGUUUUUUGAACGAACAAAAGAAUCUCAAACUUGUAAAAUAUGUAAAAAAAUGUAUGCUGGAAUUGGUGAAACCUCCACUGGUACCUUAAAAACUCACCUACGAAGGAAUCAUCAAUCCGAAUUUGAACGAGGUGCUCAACAGACUGACUUUGAACGAAAAACCCGAACAACUUUAAAUUUUCGAAGAGUAGCACCGUAUACUCGACAAGACAAUUUUGAACGAAGCAGAUCUUUGAUUAAUUGGAUAGUUUCAACAAUGCAGCCCUUUUCUGUGGUCGAGGAUGAGUCUUUUAUCGAAAUGAUAAAAAAAUUUGAUCCACAUUAUCAUGUGCCACGAAAGCAGUAUAUAAAAUCCCAUGUGAUUAAAAGGUUUCAAAAUCGUCGUGAAAGAUUACAUCAUGAUCUAGAAAAUAUUAAGAGUAGGAUAUCUUUGACUGGUGAUUUGUGGACUUUGGAUAACAAUCAGUGCGCAUUUUUUGGUGUCACUCUUCAUUACAUUGAUGAUGACUGGACAUUUAAACGCUUCUUAUUAGAUAUAAUCCCAUUCCAUGACUCUCAUUCUGGUGCAAAUCUUGCUCAGUCUUUAUCCAAUUUAUUAACUGAAUUGGAUCUUUCCUCAAAAAUAUUAGCAUUGACAACAAAUAAUGCUCCGUCUACCAUUGUUUUUGGUCAUGAAAUGGAAUUAGAAAUGAAUAAAGAAUUCGAUAAUUUAGGAUUUUCGCACUAUCGCUGUGGUUCUCACAUUCUUAAUAAUGCUGUACAGUAUGGACUUCAAGUUCAUAAUAAUUCAAUUGAAAAAGUUCGAAAAUUUAUUAACAAAGUCAGGAGCUCUAAUCUAUUGAUGGAGGAUUUACGUCGUAUAUUCGAAGAUCAGAACAUACCAUUUUCUAUUCCACAAAUCGAUCAUGAAUCUCAGUGGAGAUCAACGUACUUGAUGAUUGAAAAGGUGAAACAAAUACAAAUACAAGCGAACCUACUUGUUUUACAACAUCAGGAUGAAUUUAAUGAUUCAUACCCUGAUGAAGAUGACUGGUUAAAUAUAAACGAAUUGCUUACUGUCUUAUCCCCAUUUUAUUCUGCUACUUUAACGCUUUCUUCAUCUGUAUAUCCAACAAUGGGUGACCUUCAACUUACUUUUUGGAUUUUGAGACAACAUUUACAGCAUGAAAUAUCAGUCAAUGCUACUCGGUAUACUGUGGCUGAUUCUAUACUUCGUACUCUGGGCGAAUAUUGGUCAAUUAUCGAUGAGACUUCAAAAAUUGCAUCUGUGUUGGAUCCGCGUACAAAAUGUUCCAUUUUUCAACAAGGAUCAGAAACUGAUAACAUUAUAAAUUCUAUUCGGGCUAGGAUGGCUUCUUACACACCUUCUUCUUUAGACAUUUCUGACAAUUCUAAUUCUAUCAUUACAUCCGCAUCAGAUCCAACACUCUUAUCAUCAUAUCAUUCUCCAACGACAUUUAAUAGAAUCGAUGCUCGUGCACAUCUCCGAUCUCUUACAAAUCAAUUCCUUCCAACUACACAACCUAUCACGAGCAACGAAUUAGAGCAAUACCUUUCUUUGCCUAAUGGUGAGGAUUGUGAGCCCUUGUUAUGGUGGAAAGCGCACAAAAAGAAGUUUCCGGUGCUUGCAGCGAUGGCGCGAGACUAUCUCACGAUUCAGGCAUCAAGUAUCCCUUGCGAACAAGCCUUUUCUAUUUCUAGUUCAACUGUUUAUAAAUCACGCGGUAAGCUGAAUCCAGAGAUUGCCCGAUCACUUUUGUGUUUACAUAGUUGGAUAGUUGAAAAGAUUGGCGAAAAUGGGGGUAUAGAUGAUCAAGCAGGUAGUGAUGAUGAUAGCAAUUUAAAAGUGGAAGUGAAAACAGAUAACAGCGAAAAAUAA